GACAAAAUUAGCAUUAAAUUGCUAUAAAAGUUUCUAAAUUCUUACUUUCAAUUUCUGUAAAUGCCUUGCUAUGGACCAAUAACUUUUGCAGAUGGCACUGGCCUGUGAACCAUACCUUUGGUGGUACUGCUCUAGAAAACCAACAGAAAUCUGAGGGGCUGAGGUCAGGGCCUAAAAUGUGGGGACUCAACUGAAGGAUUGCUGUUAGUCUUGAGUCACCAGUUGGCUACUUAGUGGCCUUUUUAUAGCCUCAAACACAUUGUCACUCCCUAGCUCAAAAACCCUUCACUCUUCCUCUUGUCUUUAUGGUAAAAUCCCAAUCCUUUAACAUGGCAUCCAAGGCCUUCUAGGCUGGUUCUACACAACUUUUAAAGCCUGAUUUUACACCACUCUCUAUUCCACUAGAAUCCACUGUCCAAUACAGCAGCAACUAGUCACACAUGUAGCUAUUGAGCACCUGAAGUACAGCUAAUUUAGAAAUUCUAAUCUUAAUUUUAAUUUAAAAUUAUAUUUUAAAACUGGUAUAUAAUUACUGCAAAACUUUUUAGCAUGUUAGGAAUGACUUGGGUAUGUGAAUCUAUUUUUCAAAACUGUAAAUCUUAUGAAAUCAACUAUUGAAAUAUGCUGUCAGUGUAAAAUACGCACAAUUCCAAACAGUAAUAAGAAUGUAAAACAUUUUAAAAUAUUUAGUACUUUUUACAAAUACUGAUCAUGUAUGAAAUAUUACUUUGGAUAUAUUUGUUAAAUACAAGACAUUAUUAAAAUUAAUUUCAAUUGCUCCUUUUUAUUUGAAUGUGGCUAUUAUAAAAUUUCAUGUGUGGUGGCUUAUGUUAUAUUUAUAUUGGACAGUGUUGGCCUAGACAACCUUGCCCCAAACCUUGGAAUCGCUGGAUUCCUCAUGCUUGAUUCAUUAACAACAAAAUGUUAUCUUGAACCCAUCCACUUUAUCUCUCCGGCUACUCUCCAGGUUACUCUAUUCCUUAAAACUCUUCAAUGGCUUCCAGAACACUUCCACUUACCAAGGAUGCAGACUUUGUCUUCUACCAUUCCUUUCUUUGCUCUCUAGAGUUCAGCCACACUAGUCUCCUUGCUAAAUACAACAAACUCUUUCUUGCUUUAGGAUUUUGCUCUGCUAUUCCCUUUGGUCUCAAAUACUGCCCUUAACGUAUACCCAUUCAGGUCUUAGUCGAGAAUACCUUCUAAGUGAGGCUAUCUCUGACCAACAACCAAAAUUUUGCCUGCUCUCUCCCCCUUUAUCCAAAUACCCUUUUUUAUUUUCUUCAUGGAACAUAUUAUGGGAUAUUACCUUUCCUCUCUUUUUGUAAAACUUGUUCAUUAUAGUCUGUUCCCUCCACUGGAGAGAGGAGCAGGAUCCUUUGUUGGUCUUGUUGCUGCUUAAUCUAUUCCAGUGUAAAACAGUGCCAGUUAUAGAUGGGUGCUCUUGAAACAACGUAAAUGAAUAUCUAAUUACCUACUGGACAUAUCUGCUUGGUUGGUUCACAAUCACUUCAAACUCUCUACAUGGUCAAAAUAAAACCUUCUUCCUUUCCUAACAUGUAUUCCUCUUCCCUGGUUUCUAAUCUCAAUGAAGAUGUUACCAUCCUCCCAGCUGCUUCCCAAACAAACUUGGGAGUCGAGUGUUCUUUGAUAUCUCUGUCUUGCCCUUAUCCAGUCAACCAAAUCACCAAGCUCUCAAUGGCCACUGGUUGUAUUCUUCACUCCUAUUUGCCACCAUCUCAGUCCAAGUCAUCAGUCUCUCACAGAUUAUUGUUUUUUUCCAAACUGUUUUCCAUGCCUCCAACUUUUGCAUAAUUGUCGUCUAAAUCCAAUCUUAUCAUGAUGCUUUUAUUUAAAAAGUUUCAACCACUUCCUCUGUCAAAAACGAAUUCCUGCACAUGGCAUUCCAGGCCUUCAUGACUAGACCUCUUCAGGGACAUCUCAGGCACUCCUGCAACAGCAUUAUCUUCAUCCCUCAACAAUCUCUCCAGAGCUUGCCUCUUAAUCUUCGCAUUUACUGCUUCCUCUGUCUGGUAGGCCCUCCCCAAUCCCCUUAUUAAAGCUAAUUGCUUCUCCAGUUCCAUUCCAUUCCUCCCCUCCAAGGUAAGAGAUUCCUGCUGUAUAAGGUUUCAUAGUAUUCAGCAGUUUACCCUCAUUGUACUACUGAGGAUGCCUAUUUACUUGUCUGCAAUCUUCAGCAUUAGAUCAAUGAGGGCAGAGAUUCUAGAAAAAUCAUUAGCUGAAUAAAUUCAAAUAAACUCAACGUUAAAGCAUGACAUCAAAAAUUUGACAGAUUUUUAUCAACUGAGGCAAUAAAAAUAUUAGAUCAAAGAAAACAGAAUAUGGUUCCUAUGCCAUUUACUUUGCUUCUAUUUUAGGCACAAUGCUAAAACUUUACAAAUCUUUAUUACAUCAGUAUUACAAAAGGGUAAGCAGAAAGAUUACUUAUCUGAGGCCACAAAAAUCAGUGGGCAAUAUGGAUUUCAUUAAACUUGUCAGCUCUCCUGGAUUUGUCUCAGAUAUUCUCAGUUCCUAGAUAUAGGAUGCCAAAGGUUGCAGUUAGCAGGCUGGAAAAGCCAGGUGGGAGUCAUUCCCAGGCUCCUCUAUUAAAAACAUACCAGUGUGGUAGGUUUCUUAGCAAAUCAGCCCAUUAAAUUAAAUUCAUAAGGCUUUCCACUGCAAAUCACCAUCUCCAAGUAAACUUUUGCAACUUUCUAAAACGUAACAACAAAAAUCUUGACAUUCUAGCCAUGAAAAAGCACAUCUCUCUACCUCUGAGGUGACAGCAAUACAAGAGAAUUCAGUGAGCAGCUAUUAGCGUCUGCUUAGCAUGACACAUCAUGUUAAAAAAAAAAAAGCGCUACAGAAAUAUGUACGUCCUCUUUAUAAACCUGACCGUCUUUCGUUCCUCCCUUGUACCUCAACAGCGACUCCUGUUCCAACUAGUCUGCCUAGUUGAAUCUAGGGUCCCUUUUAAGUUUAAUUCUGGCUGCCCUUACAUCUCCCAGGACUCUGCUAGGCAGCUCAGCUUAAUCUUGAAGGAGUCCGCAUUCCCUAUGUCUCAGCAGUAAUGCCGGAGAGAUACGAAGGUGAGCCCACACACUUUAGUUUCCCAACUCCUAACUCCCUUAAGAAGACGCGGGAAAGCUCGGCAGCCGGCCGGCCUUGGAGCGCGGCGCACAUGGCCGGCCGCAGCUCCCACUCCGUGCCGCGCAGGCGCCGGGCGAGCCGGGACUUGCGGUUGCCGAGAACGGAUCAUUCCGCCGCUUUCUUUGUGUGGCUGAGCUCUAGAAAUGGCCUAUUUCCCUCCGCUCCGUUAAAAAGAAAAUUCAGACUCUAUUGCCCCCUUCUUCCCUCCGAAAUGGGGUCGGGGACUGGGUGGGCGAAGGAGGCGCUGACGAGAGUCAGGGCGGAAAAGCUCAGCUGCGGGACUGCGGAGGGCCGGGUUCGGGAGGGAUGCUGGGAGCUUUGACUCACUCGCACACCAUGUGUCCUUCCGCGCGCAGCACGGGGGACUUUUCGGUGGGGAUUUUGGGCGCCGACCAGACGCGGCAUUUUCGGAAAAUAGCGCCCUGUGCAACUGAAGCGCUUUGUGUGUAGCGGGGCCGCGUCAGCCCGGUCGGGUACGAAGCUCCUCGGGUCCCCGCACCACCUCCUGCUGCUCCCCCGUCGCCGCUCCCGAAGCUUUUCCAGAUGUCCCUGGUAGAUUUGGGAAAGAAGCUUUUAGAAGCGGCACGAGCAGGUCAAGAUGAUGAAGUUCGUAUUUUGAUGGCAAAUGGAGCACCUUUUACUACAGACUGGUUGGGAACGUCUCCACUUCAUCUGGCAGCACAGUACGGGCAUUAUUCUACCACAGAAGUGCUACUCCGAGCUGGUGUAAGUAGGGAUGCCAGAACCAAAGUGGAUCGAACGCCAUUACACAUGGCGGCUUCUGAGGGCCAUGCCAGCAUAGUAGAGGUUUUACUUAAGCAUGGUGCUGACGUCAAUGCAAAGGACAUGUUAAAGAUGACAGCUCUACAUUGGGCUACAGAACACAAUCAUCAAGAAGUGGUGGAACUUUUAAUCAAAUAUGGUGCUGAUGUACACACGCAAAGUAAAUUUUGUAAAACUGCAUUUGAUAUUUCAAUAGACAAUGGGAAUGAAGAUUUAGCAGAGAUAUUACAGAUUGCUAUGCAGAACCAAAUCAACACAAACCCAGAGAGUCCCGACACUGUGACGAUACAUGCUGCCACACCACAGUUUAUCAUUGGACCUGGAGGGGUGGUGAACCUAACAGGUCUGGUAUCUUCAGAAAAUUCAUCCAAGGCAACAGAUGAAACGGGUGUAUCUGCUGUUCAGUUUGGAAACUCCUCUACGUCAGUAUUAGCGACAUUAGCUGCCUUAGCUGAAGCAUCGGCCCCCUUGUCCAAUUCUUCAGAAACUCCAGUAGUGGCUACAGAGGAAGUAGUUACUGCAGAAUCUGUGGAUGGUGCAAUUCAACAAGUAGUUAGUUCAGGGGGUCAGCAAGUCAUCACAAUAGUUACAGAUGGAAUUCAGCUUGGAAAUUUGCACUCCAUUCCAACCAGUGGAAUAGGUCAGCCCAUCAUUGUUACCAUGCCAGAUGGACAGCAAGUAUUAACAGUACCAGCAACAGACAUUGCUGAAGAAACUGUUAUAAGUGAAGAACCACCAGCUAAGAGACAAUGUAUCGAAAUAAUUGAAAACCGGGUGGAAUCUGCAGAAAUAGAAGAGAGAGAAGCUCUUCAGAAACAGCUGGAUGAAGCAAAUCGAGAAGCACAAAAAUAUCGACAGCAGCUUCUAAAGAAAGAACAGGAAGCAGAGGCCUACAGACAGAAAUUAGAAGCUAUGACUCGUCUUCAGACGAAUAAAGAAGCAGUUUAAUUGAACACGUAGUUUGAGUUUACUUUUGGUCAAGAAGGAAUACAUGCUUGAACUGUACAUAAUAAGGUGCAGUCAUGGGACGAUAGGAUAACAGAAGAGACUGCAGAUUGAUAAUUGGACUUAAGCCAUGAGCUCUGAAUUCUUGUAACAUAAAACUUUAGAAGUUGUGAAAUGUAUUUAAAACUGAAUUCUGUAAAUAGUUUUUGUUUUUUUACAGUUCCAAACGAGUUGAUAAAGAUUGUUGAAGAGAUCCAAAAACACAAUAAGCCACUGUUUUUGUGUAUUAUUUUUGAUUUUAGUAUGAACCUUAAUUUCUCAGAAACAGAACAGUUUUAAGGGUGAUCGUUGUUGAUUAGACCAAAUGUGUAAUAAUUAUGUGGUGGACUGAUGCUGGAAUUCCUCCUGUAGGUAUAAACUUCUAUACGAAGAAAAGAUUCCUCCCAGGAAAUCUUUGUACAGCUUUAAGUUGUCUCAGAUUCUCUGAAAGCAUUUUUUAGAAAGCACAUUUUUAUAUUUGUUCAUCUUCAGCUAUACCCAAGUAGAUUUACAGGUAUAUGAAGCAAAUAUUUUUUAAACUUUGUGUUUGUACAUAUUCUGCAUGUUUUAUAAUUUCAAAAUGCAUCACUUGCAUAGGUAUUUUUCCCACAAAAAUAAUGAAAGUUAACUAGGGAAAAAAAACAAACCUUUUAUUCUGUAGCUCAACUAGGUAAGCUAGCAGCUGGUUUUAUUGGAAUGACAAUGUUCUUGGAAGGAGCAGCUUACAAGGUAACUUGAAUUUACAAACCGUAAAAUCUGUACUUUUUUGAAAAUUUCAUAGUGGGGACGUGAAACUGUAUUCUGUGCCUUUCAUCAUGAUUUCCACAUGAAAGCACUUUAAGGCACUAAAUUUUAAGAUGUUUUUGGAAAAAUUCAAAGCAUAUGGAUUUCUGAAAUAUUUAAUGGACUCAUUCGCCCCCAGGAAGUUAUUCUUACGGAAAAAAAAAGGCUUUUGUAUGUAGAACAAGAGCUUCUUGUACUACAGUGAUGCCAUAGAUUUGUCUACCAUAACUUUUCCUUUUCCUUGUGAAAGCUGUAAUGUCUGUGCUGCAACGUGCUCUCAUCACAAUAUUGUUGAAUUCCACAAUGUAUGAACUUUAAAUUCUGACAUACUGUUCAUUCUUUUUUUUUUUUUGUAAAACAUAACUUCACACCUUUUUCCUUGCUUUAUUUUUUAAUGUUUUAUUGCUUUAUGAAAAUGUUUAACCCUGAGGCCCUUCUAGAUUACCUAUACUGUAUAAAGAAGCAAUUACCCUUAAAACUGUACUCUGGCCUACUUUUCUAUUUUACAAUUAAAUAUCUUUUCCACAUA